ACUGCCGCCUGAUGCGCUGCAGAGGUUUCAACUGCGGACUCUUUCUCCGGGUCCCGGGACCUCAGAGGCCCAGGAGUCCUCAAUUCCUACUCUGUUUCCCGCUGCCAUCUUCCCCAACCCUCUGCCCGGGCCAUGACCCAGAAUUUCUCCCUAGCCGACUGCGAUGUGGUCGGCUUUGACCUCGACCACACUCUGUGUCGCUACAACCUGCCUGAGACCGCCCUGCUUAUCUAUGAUAGCUUUGCUCAGUACUUGGUAACAGAGAAGAAAUAUGAUAAAGAUUUGCUAACUGCACCUUCAGAGGACUGGGAUUUUUGUUGCAAGGGCUUGGCAUUGGAUCUGGAAGAAGGAAAUUUUAUUAAACUUGCAGGUGAUGGAACUGUUCUGAGGGGAAGCCAUGGCACCAAGAUGAUGACCUCUGAAGAGCUUAUGGGAAUAUAUAGAGAGAAGAAGUGGAAAUACUUUACAGACUCUUUAACAGCCUCUCGCACAGAAAAAUAUUAUUUCUAUGACAACUACUUUGACCUUCCUGGAGCCCUUCUUUGUGCCAGAAUUGUGGAUUACUUAACCAGGAAAGGUAACCUGGAAGCAUUUGAUUUUUGGAAGGAUGUUCUUGCUAGUGUACACCAUAAUUAUAAAAUGACAGCUUUUAAAGAAAACUCUGGAUUAUAUUUCCCAGGAAUUAAAAGUGAUCCAGAAAAAUAUUUGUUGAUUUGUCCAGAAUCUGUAAAAACAUGGCUUCAUCAGCUGAAGAGUGCAGGAAAGGUUCUCUUUAUAUUGACCAAUUCACACAGUGACUACUGCAGACUUCUCUGUGAGUACGUUAUUGGGAAUGAUUUUAGAGAUAUUUUUGAUAUUGUGAUUUCAAACGCUUUGAAGCCUGGUUUCUUCUCCCAUCAACCAAAUAAGAGACUGUUUCAAACACUUGAAAAUGAUGAGGAACAAGAUGCUCUGCCCUCUCUAGACAAGCCUGGCUGGUAUUCCCAAGGAAAUUCUGACCAUCUUUAUGAACUUCUCAAGAAGAUGACUGGCAAGGAACAGCCCAAGGUUGUUUAUUUUGGUGACAGCAUGCAUUCAGAUAUUUUCCCAGCAUGUCACUAUAGUAACUGGGAGACAGUCCUCAUCUUAGAAGAACUCAAAGAGGACGAAGACUUGGUGCCUGAAAAGAAUGAAUCUGAACCUUUGGAGAAGAAAGGAAAGUAUGAGGAGCAGCACAAAAAGCCUUUCAAUUCAUUUUCUAAAGAAUGGGGCUCUUUAUUUGUUGAUGACAAUCCGGGACUGGAAAGCAUUGACAAUUCGUUGACAUUAUCGUGGUUUGGUGAUCGAAUUCAUAAUUACAGCACUAUUGUUAUCCCAAGUCUGGAAGCCAUAGCAGAUUUACCUUUGGACUACAAAUUUACCAGAUUCUCUCCUGAUAGCUCAAAAACAUUUGGUUACUAUCCCAAACCUCCAUUGGCUUUAUUAUCAAAUGGAGAGUCACUGACUCCGGAAUAACUCUUCCAUUUUUCCUAAAGAAAGGAGAGCAAACCAGUGCUAUCAGAAUGGUAAUUCAUGAUGAAAAACACCUAGCUCCUCAUGUAUGUUUUAUCUGUAGCGAAAUACAAAGAACCAUAAUUUGUCCUUCAACUCCUUUUUGUGUCACCUGUGUUAGCUUGAAAACUUUCAUUGUAUUAACUAUUUUUUAUUUGUAUUAACUGUUUCACCUGAUACCAUUGUUCUGUCUCAAGUUCAAGCACUUUAAAUGAUUUUGUUAUUAAUUAUACAAUCAAAACAGUUGUGCCCUGUGCUUUUUUGGUACCUAUUGCAUAUCAGUUGUUCUUUGUCACAAGAUUACUAGACCAGAACCAAGAACUUAAAUGGGAGUUUGCAGUCCAAUUCCUGCCUUCUGUUUACACAGUAUGUUAAUUCUUGCCCACCAGGGACAAGAACCCGGUGCUCAUGUUGGAAAAUAUUGGCAGCUUACAUUGAUCUCCUUAAAUUAUAGCAAGGAGUUUAGAGUCAGAGAAAUCAUACAAUGAAAACAAUUAGAAGACGAUAAGUAUUUUAUUAGUUAAACAAAAUACCAAAACCUCAGGCAUACUUGGGUGGGGAGGGGGAGGGUGGACUUGGGGAAUGUGACUCAGGUUUGUUAGAUUGUUUUUUUAAUAACUUUCACCUAAAAAUUAUUUACUUAAUUGAAAUUCAGUUCCAUAGUAACAACUGCAGGAUGAUGUGUCACCCCUACAUCUCAGUGGAAAAGCUUCACAAUUAUUGACUAUCACAUACCAAAAGUAUGGUUAUCUUCAGUUUUACUAAACAAUAUCACAGGCCCUUACAUAGAACAUGAGAUAGCUUAGAGAAGAUUUUGGUUGUGUUUCCGCAUAUGAACUUAGCCAUAUAAUCAAGAAAAAAAAAAUGU